AUGUUCUCUCGCAGGGCACUGCAGUUGACAACUCGGCGACUGGCCGCAGCCAACCCCUCCACCUUGAAUAGGACUGCUCUGUCUCGAUUAUCUGCUCCGGCAGCCAUCGCAACGCUGCAAAAUAUACAGUACAGACCUGCAACAACACAAUCCGUCUCCCCGGCCACGGGCCAGGAAAUCCUCGCCAACCAACGCCUCCACCGCCCCGUAUCUCCGCACCUCGCAAUCUAUCGCCCGCAAAUAACCUGGUACCUAAGUGGCCUGAACCGUAUCACGGGUGCUGCGCUGUCCGGAGCGAUCUACGUCUUCGGCGCCGCCUACCUCGUCGCUCCACUAUUCGGCUGGCACCUGGAAUCCGCGAGUCUGGCGGCUAGUUUCGCCGCGUUGCCCGUUGUCCUCAAGGUCGGAUUGAAAGCGUUGGUGGCGUUUCCCUUCACGUUCCACGGAUUGAACGGCAUCAGGCAUCUGGUGUGGGACACGGGCGCGGCGUUCACAAACCAGCAGGUCAUAUGGACCGGGUGGACCGUUGUCGGGUUGAGCGUGGUUUCUGCGUUGGGUUUGACUUUCCUGUGA